AUUAGACAUUAGUAGCUAACAUAUUCGACUGUUUUUUAAAUUCCCGCUUGGGCAUAAAAAUUGGGUGCACAAUGUUUCGCUGACCUCUGUGUAUAUCUCUGAAGCGGGUCGCUCGAACGAUCAGUUUUUUAAUCCGCCGGCAUGUUCCAUUCGUAUUCUGCUAAACACGCAUGAAAAUUUAUGUUUUACGUUGAUGCCAAUCCCGUUAUCUGGAAUACCGUGUGAGUUAAUCAUAAGCAAUUUAGUGUGCGCGUGUGAGUUUUUUCUCUGUACUUGACGUUACGUGAUAAAUUGAUUCACUAUCUGUCAUAAUUAGGCGCAAGAGGUUGUUUAGCAACGUCGUUAACUUAGUGAUACAAAAUAAGGCUUAACAGAGACACUGAUUUCGUCGCAAACGAGUUUGUAAUCUCGGAUACACGAAAUCCUGGUAUGUGUUAGAAAAAAGUGGGGUUCGAUUAACGCACUUGUGAGUGUGGCAGUUGCGAAAUAAUUAUCCAACGAUGCGAUCGCAAAUAUCCAGAAACUACUUCGUAGUGGUUUAUUUGUUGAGCAUAUCGUUUGUGACGAGUGAAAUUAAAUCCCACAAUGAUCCGGACGCAAGUGAUCGAAUUGCUGGACGGCCGAAGUUGACGAUUCGUCAGGGGACUCUUGAGGGCAUCAUCUUGGUUACGAGACAAAACCGAUCGAUUUCGGCCUUUUUGGGUAUACCUUAUGCCAAACCUCCAAUUGAACAUCUUAGAUUCGAAAGUCCAUUGGCAGCUGAUGCUUGGAAUGAAACUUUGGAUGCCAGCACUGACCCGAAUGUAUGCCCUCAGCUCUCUGGAGACAAGUUCAUCGGGGACGAAGAUUGCUUGUAUCUUAAUGUUUACACACCAGAGAUUGAUUCAGUUCGGAGAUCCUCCUUACUUCCGGUGAUGGUAUUCAUCCACGGUGGGGGAUUCGAACGAGGCAACGGCGGCUCCGCAGCGUUCUCUCCUAAAUAUUUGCUGGACCAAAAUAUAGUUCUAAUAACUCCGAAUUAUCGGCUAGGCGUAUUGGGAUUUUUGAGCACCGGUGACAAAUACGCGCCAGGAAAUUAUGGCCUAAAAGACAUGACUUUAGCUUUGAAAUGGGUGCAGCAGAAUGUCGCCGAAUUUGGUGGUGACCCAGAAAAGGUCACUAUCUGCGGGCAAAGCACGGGUGCGGGCACAGUCGAACUAUUGACCCUGUCGAAAUCUACGAAAGGACUUUUCCGUAGUUAUAUAACGACAAGUGGCUCGGCAUUUUCCAUCAGAAGUUUUCGACCAAUAGCGACGUAUGUCAAACGUGCAAACCAACUGGGAACGUUUCUCGGUUGCCCAACAGGGUCAUCCGUAUUACUCAUCAGGUGCCUGAAGAAGUUGGAUGCUUCGACGAUCGUCAACACAAAGCACUUAUUCUACGUAUGGGAACAAUUUCCGGACAUAAUUUGGGGACCGACGGUGGAACCUAAUAUCGAAGGAUCAUUUCUUGUAGACACACCCGAGAAUCUCUAUGCAACUGGACAAAUCAGAGAUCUCCCUUGGAUCACUAGCGUGGUCAGAGAUGAAGGUCUUAUUCUCACUGCAAAGUUCUACGAGAACCAAAAGUUGUUUGAAUACUUUCUCGAUAAUUCGGAAGAACUCAUGCCUCAUAUAUUACAAUACCAUGACUGUGUCGAUGAUGAAAAGGCUUACACCGAAGCUUUGAAAGCGUACUAUUUGAAUGAUUUAACUGCAGAGAGGUCCCUGCUUCUGUCGAACUUUACAAAACUGGUCAGUGAUCAUAUGUACAUAUUUCCGGGCUACAAUGCGCUUCGACAACGGUUCCGUUGGGCUACCAGCUCUGAAUACUUUUAUAACUUUCAUUAUCGAGGCGUUUAUAGUUAUACCUAUAAAUUUACUGGUGGAUCAACGGAAAACAUCGGUGUAGCUCACUCCGACGACCUUGUGUAUCUCUUUCCGAUAGCGGAAACCGAACUUGCAAAGUUUGGCAAAGAAAUGAGCGCCAUGGAUUACAAAAUGGUGGACAUUAUGGUGAAAUUAUGGACGUCUUUUGCAAGGGAUGGAACCCCAUCUAUUACGAACCCACAUGCCACCGGAUAUUGGAGACCGUAUUCCAGGGACGAUAACUAUCUUCUAAUAGGAAAUAACUCGGAUCUGGUGGUUGAGAUGCAGCACUCCUUCCUCCCAGAACGAAUGCAAUUUUGGAACAGGCUGCAAACCACUUCGAAGAAAAACACCCUCACUGAUUCAACUCCAAGACGACUUUCCUUCUUACAGAAUAUCUACGGUUACAUCGAACGUUUUGUAAAGACUAUAUAUAUUUUAUGCUAUGAUUUGAGUUGAAUCUGACAUAUUUUUGUCCAACACAACUGAUAAAUAAAUCAUCAGGAAUAA